CAAUUACCUCAACUCUGUCCCGAUCACCUCUCUCCUUCUCGAUCGCCGACCGCACCAUCCGCUCUACCACAAGCAUCACCCACUCGACUCUCGAUCUCUCACCACACAGUCAUUAUGAACGCACACGCCGACAAGCAUCUCCUUCGCGUCCUCGUCGUAGACGACAACGCUCUCAAUCUCUCCGUGCUUACGCGCCUUCUCAAGAAGAAGUUCUCGGACAUCCUCGAUGGUCCACCAGUAGCAGUCGAUUCAGGCCUGAAGGCCUUGCAGCUGCUCCGCUCCAACGUUUUUGACGUCAUCUUGAUGGACAUCGAAAUGCCAUUUCUCUCUGGCGUCGAUUGCACCAAACGCAUCCGUGCAGGACAGGACGGCGUGCUGCAGAUAAACCGCACAGCACGUAUCGUCGCAGUCACCACCGCCGUCGGCGACGAGCCGGAGAUACUGUAUCGCCGUACCGGGUUCGAUGGAUUAAUCGGCAAGCCCGUCGUCUACGAUUCCAUCAAUGAGCUGCUCGCCCCGCUCUCAUCG